GCACGCUGCUCACCAACACCUCCACCCACCAUGUUCUUCUGUUCCAUCUCUGGAGAGCCUCCUCAAGACCCUGUCAUCUCUGUCACGUCAGGACAUGUUUAUGAGCGCAGGCUCAUUGUCAAGUACAUCACAGAGAAUGGCACAGAUCCCAUUACUGGCGAGAAGCUCGAGGAGUCGGACCUAAUCACGGUCAAAGCCAACCCGAAGACGGCAGCUCCUCGUCCUACGAGUGCCACGUCCAUUCCCGCGUUGCUGCAGACGCUUCAAAACGAGUGGGAUGCUGCUAUGCUCGAGACGUUCUCCUUGAAGCAGCAAAAUAACAACCUGCGUCAGGAGCUCAGCGUUGCUUUGUACAUGCAAGAUGCUGCAACGAGGGUUGUUGCGCGUCUUAUUCGUGAACGCGAUGCUGCACGAGAAGCACUUGCCAGUGUCUCUGCGACUAUGGGUGUCGUGCCAGCUGCCGACGGCGCCGGAGAUGUCGAGAUGGGAGAUACUGCCGAGGCGGGCGGCCUGCCAGAGAACGUUCUCUCCCAGAUUGACGAGACCCACCAAAAGCUUUCUGCUACUCGCAAGAAGCGCAAGGCUCCCGAGGGAUAUGUUACUCAGGACCAGAUCAAGACGUUUGCCGCCAAACACACCGUUCCUUCCCUGCACUCGUCUUCUCCUGCUGGUAUUACCGCCCUCGCUGUCUCCAAGAAUAACAGCCACUUCCUCACCGGCGGCAACGACAAAGUCGUGCAGCUGUAUGACCGGGAGAACGACAAAGUCCUUGCAUCGUUGAAGGGUCACCAAAAGAAGGUUAACCACGUCGCGUUCCGUGAAGCAGAUGGUGCGCCGACUCUGCUUCUGUCCGGUGGCGCGGACAAGAUUGCCAAGGCUUGGUCACACGACGAGGCUUCCGGUGAAUACAAGGCGGCCGGUACCAUUCGCACCCACAAGGGCGAGAUCACUGGCAUCGUCGUCCAUCCCAGUUCGACCUUGCUCGCGCUCAGCUCAUCAGAUCGCACCUACUCCCUUCACGAUCUCAACACCUUCCAGCAGGUGUACCAGUCGCCAGGAUCCGAUGAGCCAUUCACAUCCCUCGGCAUUCACCCCGACGGAACCCUGGUUGCGGUCGGCACCCCCGCAUCUACCAUCCAAGUCUUCGACAUCCGCUCUGGCGCCAUCGCAGCGACGCUCACCCCUCCGGAAAGUGUUCCUUUCACCGUCAACACCCUCAGCUUCUCUGAGAAUGGCUACCACCUCCUCGCCCCCGACUCCUUGUCGUCCGUCGCAAUUUGGGAUCUGCGCAAGCCCAAACUUGCGACGUCCAUCCAGCUCGGCGAGGGAUUCAAGACCCACAAGGUUGUGUAUGACUACAGCGCACAGCUAUUCGGCGUGGCGGGUAGCGAAGGCGUCCGCGUCUUUGCACACAAGAGCUGGGAGGAGCUCGUGCGCCUCGAAGAGGCCGGUGACGUUGUUGACCUUGCUUGGGGUGCGGGUGGCAAGGAGAUCUGGGGUGUGAGCGGACGUGAUGUGAGGAUAUGGGGAGCUGCAUAGAGCUUAAUUGUGGUACGCUACGUAUGUCCGUGCUAGUGCUGUGGUAUCGAUAUUGUUCAGUCUUGCGACUCGAGACCUAUUGAAUAGGCCUCCUGUGGCUAUGGCGCGGGCUUUAUCCUCAGCC